UCCUCUGCCGGGGAUGCUCCGGAGUCGGGGUGGAUCGGCCCCUUCCCGGGCUCCUCCCGCUGCCGCGGCACCUCGGCCACGUCUGAAAGCGGCUCAUUGUCUCCGCAGGGAGCUCAAAUCCGCGGCGGUGCCGGGAGGCGGCGGGCAGCUUUUUUAAUUGCCUAGUGAGAAUGGCAAGGAUUCGGAUUUCUAGCACAAUCAUUACGCUUCUUGUUAUGGUCCAGACUGGAUUCCUACUCUUCAUGUAUGCUCGCUACAAUAGCUUCACUCCUCAUUCAGAAGAGAAAUCGUCUCAAGUCCACAUCCUCAUCCUCUCCUCCUGGAGGUCGGGAUCUUCUUUUGUCGGCCAGCUUUUCAGCCAGCACCCCAGUGUCUUCUACCUGAUGGAGCCUGCAUGGCAUGUAUGGGUUACAAUGUACCAGAACAGCGCCAAAGUCUUGCACAUGGCGGUGCGGGACCUGGUCAGGUCAGUCUUUCUCUGCGAUAUGUCUGUUUUUGAUGCCUAUAUGCCUUGGAAAAGAAACUUAUCUGACCUUUUCCAGUGGGCAGUGAGUCGGGCUCUGUGUUCAGCUCCCGCUUGUGACUCCUUUCAGCGUACUGACAUAACCAGUGAAAUGGCAUGCAAAACUCUUUGUGGACGGUACCCAUUCAGCAAGGUGGAAGAAGCCUGUAAAACUUACAGCCAUGUUGUCAUCAAGGAGGUUCGCUUCUUUGACCUGAAGGUCCUCUACCCACUUCUCACCGAUCCAUCCCUGAACCUCAAAAUAAUCCACUUGGUCCGUGACCCAAGGGCAGUUGUAAAGUCACGAGAACAAUCAGUCAAAGCAUUAGCCCGUGACAAUGGAAUUGUUCUGAGUACCAAUGGCACUAAAGUGGAAGACAGCAAAUAUAAAGUAAUGCAAGAGAUUUGUAGAAGUCACGUUCAGAUUUAUGAAACAGCAACUCUAAAACCACCUAGCUUCCUUAAAGAUCGCUAUCUAAUGAUUCGUUUUGAAGAUCUGGUGAGAGACCCAUUGUCAGAAAUUUCAGAAAUGUAUAAAUUUGCAGAUCUUAGUUUGACCCCCACACUUAAAAGUUGGGUCUAUAACAUCACACAUGGACAGGGAUCAGGAAAAAAAAAAGAAGCCUUCAAAAUCACAUCUCGAGAUGCAGUUAAUGUUUCCCAGGCCUGGAGAAAUGUUCUUUCAUUCCAGAAAAUUAAAAAAAUACAGGACGUUUGCAAAGGCGCUAUAAACAUGCUGGGCUAUCAGCUAGUGGAUUCAGAAAAAGAACAAAGAGAUCUGUCACUGGAUUUAGUGUUGCCAAGAAGACAAAAUCAAUUCAGUUGGUCAUCGUUCAACCCAAAGAACUAAGCCAUUACUUUGAGAGAUUAGGGAGGGGAAAAAGGGAGAGUGUAUCUAUCUGUUUUGCAGUAUAUAGGUAGUUUGAAAAUCCUUGGCUAAUGACUUUAAUUAUCUUCCUGCCUGCUGGUUCACAAAGUAAAGCUUUUUUUUUUUUUCCCCCAAGCUUCUUACACCACAAAACAAAUAAACAAAAACAAAAAAAAAAAAAAAAAAAAAAAAAAAAAAAUUGUGAAAAAUUCAGCAAGAUACUUGUGAGAUUGUAAAUUUGCAACUGUUUGUGCUUUUUUGAGUGUUGUUUUUAAAAUAUAAAUUCUUUCGAUAA